AUGCCCAAGUCAAGCAUAAUAGCAACAAACGAUAGUCUUCUAUGUAAAGACAUUCUAGAGAUUAUUCUCCUAUGUACAACAGACGUUGAAGCCACAUCAGUUUCAAGAAUAUAUUUAGCUGAACUAGGGUCAAUCAAUCCUCGUAAAAAGGUGAUAAGUCAAAUUGACGAAGCGUUAGUGGAACGUCUUCAAAUCUCUGACUUAUUAAGUCAGUUGGUAGCACCAACAAACGCGAGUGAAUCUUCGGAAGAACGCAAAAAUGUUAUCGAAAAUCGCUGCUUGCAUUACUUAUCCGAAUGUUACCAACGAUUGUCACGCGAACGAGAUGCGUUCGAAUCGAUAUUUGAUGAUCUUCAAACAUUGUUCAUCAACCAUAGUAAAACGGCGAUUACCACGCCAGAUAUGUACCGUUCGCAAGAUUUAGCUAAACAAUGGUUCGAAUUGUUGCUCGAGUCUCGUGAUAAAUCAAGCGUACGUGAAUAUAUCGGUAAAGUGAAUAAGGAGCUGUUAGCAUCAGCAACGCAUGAAGUGAAAAGAUUUUAUCGACAUGUUUUUCGUUCGAUGUAUCAAGCGAUUCAACCGUUGGAUUAUUUUUCUGAUGAGUUGAUAACUUACAUAUCAAUAUUGAUCGAUUUAUCACAGCACUCAGCAUUGGUUAAAAUUAUUUUUGAAAUUUCGCAUCCUAGAAGCUCAUGGGACCGCUUUUCGAGAUCCGAUCAAAUCCAAUUGCCUCCAGGCAAAAAGUUCGAAGACACACUAGUUGGUACUUUUCUGUGUAAAUCAAGUUUGCCAUCAGUACCUGUCAAACCUUACCCAUUCUUCGAGAAUCCAAGAUCAUUGAGCGAGCGUAUGAUAGAAAUGACUGAAAAUACAAUUUAUCAGCCAUUGAGAAACUAUCAAGAGCACCUUACACAAUUAUUCAAAGCAUUUGUUCGAAAUGCAGAUGUACGAAAUGACGUGUUACAGUGGAUUGGCGAUUGUUUUCAUGAAAAUCAAGAAAAAAAUAAAGAAUAUUCACCCGAAGACCCACUGUUAGGUUUCGCAUUUGUUAGCGAUGGAUUUUUCUUAAACUUGAAUAUCGUUCUACUUCAACUUGCAAGACCGUUCGCAGAAGCGUAUUCGCCAAAAUUACUAAAAAUCAACCCGAUCUAUUGUAUUAGUCAAAGUGCGCACGUGCAUUUAAAAGAAUUGUACAAUGCGAAGCCGAUGAUUCCCCGACAGGAAGGAAUAGAACGGGAUUCGAAUAUCUCGGACCUAACUUUCAAUUUCAUAACCGAAAGUUUUUUCAUGGCACAUUUAAGUUGUUCAUAUUCAGUCAAUCGACUUCGUCGAAUAUUGGGAAAGACGAGUGAAAAUUAUUCACGUAUCAAAGAAGCCUAUCAAAAUACUGUUCAAUCCUUCGGAGAGAAUGAGUACACCACACGAUUGGCCAAUGCAAUGGACAAAACGCUGACUGCCUUCUUCAAUAUUCGAUGUGUUCUUAACGAACCACGUCUUUUAGAAUUAUCCAAUGCUCUGUUCACAGCGACAUGUACAUGGCUCGUGCAUCUAGCGUUAUUACCUACAUCAAAUCAGGCUUCGAGCGAAGAUGAAAAGCUAAAUGUGAUUGAGAAAUUACCGUUAAAGUUUCCACCCAAUCGACAGUUAAGCUAUAUUCCCGAGUUUCUCGUCGAAAAUGUUAUUAGUUAUUUCAAAUUUCUCGAAAUAUACAAUUCGCGAUAUAUACAAUCGAUAAUACCAUCGGUGAAUGAAUACGUUAAUUUUAUUUUGGUUUUCAUGGGCGAUUCUAGCCGUUUACUUAGUCCUCAUUUACGGGGUUCGCUAGCGAACAUGUUCGAAACCAUUUUAUCGUUUGGUAAAUUGGAUGAUCGACCGGGUCCACUGGCAGAGAUGAUCUUUAGACAACAUCCCUUCAUCGAACACAUACCGCGUGUUAGCCUCGAGGUAUUUGUAUCGAUCGAAUUAACUGGCCAAUCCGUCGAAUUUUAUCAAAAAUUUAAUUACCGUCGUCCAAUGUAUGCAAUUCUUGAAUGCCUUUGGGCAUACGAAAACCAACGAGAGCAAUUACAAAAACUAGCUGCAUAUGCUGAACGGCAUAUGGAUGAUGCGGAAGCUCCAUUGUUCUUGCGUUUCAUCAAUUUGUUGAUAAAUGAUGCAAAUUUCUUGUUAGACGAAGCUAUAUCGCACAUGGCACAACUGAGAACAAUUCAAGAAGAGAAGGAAUCUGGUAAUUGGAAUAAUCUUCCGGAACAACAACGCGAAGAGAAAGAAACUGGUCUUCGACGAACAGGUCAAACAGCCCGGUUUAUGAAUAUAAUGGGGAUGAAAACACUUACGAUUCUCGCUAUGAUAACCGAAGAAAUUCAGUCAAUAUUUUGCCAUCGGACAAUCUGCAGUCGACUUGCUGCGAUGCUAAACUAUUUUCUGCAACGUUUAGUGGGACCAGAACGGCGAAAUUUAAAAGUUCGGGAUAUGAAAGAUUAUCAAUUUGAACCUCAGAAACUCGUUUCGAAAGUCAGCGAUAUCUACCUGAAUUUUGCAAAAGUCGAUCAAUUUUGUGCAGAUGUCCGUAACGAUGGAAUGUCGUAUAAGGAUGAACUUUUCUCACAAGCAGUUGAAGUUCUCGAACGUAUUGGACAUCCGCGUGAACGGAUCACUAGAUUUAUUCAACUCGGUGAACAUAUCAAAACGAACGUAGUCGAAAGCGUACCAGAUGCGAUGGAAGAUGCACCAGAUGAAUAUUUGGAUCCGAUUACUGCUGAAAUAAUGGAUAAUCCUGUAAAAUUACCAACUUCGGGGCAAAUUGUAAACUAUACGACAAUAUCUCGUCAUCUUCUGAGUGAUCAGUUAGAUCCAUUCAAUCGAAGUCCGCUUCGUAUGCACGAUGUAAUAGCACAGCCCGAACUGAAACGUGAAAUUGAACGAUGGAAAGCCUCAAAACGUCAAUAA